ACCACUACUUGGGGCUACAUGUUCAGACCUAAUGACGACCAGCACCAAUUUCUAGACCCAUGUUGUCGGAUUAUAUUGAGUAGAUGCGCGCGCGCGUGUUUAGUGUAAUCUGGAGGCGAGAGGUGCACACUGAUACCAACUGGAACUCUUGUUGUAUUUCCUCAUCUCGAAGCUUGCCCGGGACCAGGAGCGAGCACCAUGAUCCCACUCGGAGAGUGCAUGUACGCGGGGAGGAAACGGAGGAAGCCCAUUCAGAAACACAAGUCAACACCGACCAGUGUGAAGUCUAAUCCAUCCAAGAGACAUCGAGAUCGUCUGAACGCUGAGUUAGACCACCUGGCCAGUCUCCUGCCAUUUCCACCUGAUAUUAUUUCUAAAUUGGAUAAACUUUCAGUUCUUCGCCUGAGUGUUAGCUACCUUCGAGUAAAGAGCUUUUUCCAAGCCUUGGAAGACACAGAGCUGAAAAAGGAGUCUCACCAUCUUCUCACCCACAACACGAGGGACAAUCAGACCACGGCUCUGAUUAGGAAUUUAUCACCAGAAGGAGAGCUUCUGCUGGACGCUCUGGAUGGAUUUGUGCUGGUGGCGAGUGCCGACGGGAUGGUCUUUUACGUGUCUCCCACAGUUAUCGACUACCUGGGAUUUCAUCAGACUGACAUGAUGCACCAGAGCAUGUACGACUUCAUCCAUGUUGAUGAUCGACAGGAGUUCCAGAGGCAGCUACACUGGGCUAUGAAUCCGCCACAGCAGAUAUCUGGGCACGAUCCUUCAGGCCAGGGAACUAAUAGUGAAGAGAAUCUGAGUUCUUUCAAAGUUUACGACCCAAAACUUCUGCCGCCGGAAUUUUCUCCAUUCCUAAACCGUUAUUUUGUCAUCCGAGUCCGUUGCCUACUGGACAGCACUUCAGGAUUCCUGACGAUGCAGUUCCAAGGCAGACUGAAGUACCUGCAGGGACAGAGGAAGAAAGAUAAGUCUGGUGCUGCCCUUCCACCGCAGUUGGGCUUGUUUUGUAUUGCCAUGCCUCUGCUGCUCCCAUCCAUUGGUGAAAUGAAGCUGAAAAGCUUGCUCCUGAAGACCAAACACAGGCUUGACCUCAGCCCCAUGACACUUGGUGCAAAGGGCAAAGCAAUUGCAGGAUGGUCAGACGCAGAGCACCGAACAAGAUCUGGCUGCCAUUAUUUCCACUUUACGGAUGUCUUGUGCCGUGCAGAGAAUCAAAUCCGAAUGAUGAACACUGGAGAAAAUGGCCUCACGGUCUUCAGAGUGCUCACAAAAGAAGGUCAUUGGGUCUGGUUCCAAGCUAAUGGCCAUCUGCCCUAUAGGAACAAGUCUGCAGAAUACGCCACAGUGCCACAAGAGGAAUUCAAGGACACAGAUAGAUCCAAGGAAGAGCAUCUAAGGAACCAAUCAAGCAUUGACCAAUCAGGCAGCACAAAUGGGUUUCUGUACAGCAACUGCAAUGAUAUACCUUUGCAAUUAAAGCCACUAUAUGACCAGGCACCAGUGAAAGAAGGGAGAGAAGAGAAAUAUGAGCCCAUUAGAAGUGAUGGUGGUGUCAGCCAGAAUGAACCCCUUAACUUUUGCACAUCAUUUCCCAGAUCUGCAAAGGGUUCUGUUGCAGAUGACUUAUGGGUAUCGGAAUACAGCAGAGGCCUAUCAAAUCUGCAGCCUCUGAAACUCAUGGGGAGAACAAACAAUGAUCCUGGUCGACUGGCUAAAAGCUUCUGUGGCAGAAGCAGACUGCUUUCUGAGCCUCAGCUCAGGGAUAAAACACAGACCUCAAGCUUCCAAAACAUAGUCCAGAACUUCCGGGCUGUUGGAGAGAAGGUGCAGCAGCGGCAGUUGUUCGACCUGCACUCUGCUAACAUGGAGAGCUACCGAGCUGAAAGCUGCAAAUCGGAAGAUGUUACACCAAUGUGCAGUCCCAUUAGUCAAAAGUCAAGGGAUUUUCCCAUGGAGUACUGUAAUAGUGCAGAUUUGUUCCAUGGGGUGCAGGUCAAAAGUGAGUACAAUGUGGAACUGCACAAUGGGCUAGGGGGGGCUAUCGACUCUCCAAGUCAUCUCUGGGUCGACAAUGAAAUGGGAAAGAAGAUGGUGGCGAACCUUCCAGGACAGCAGCAGUUAAAGAGCGAUUCCAACACACUAGAGCAGUUGUCACCCUGUGAGAAACUGAAGACUCUCCUGCCAAGUCCAUUGUGUGGAGCCAGCACAGCUAAAGGCAGUUGCGUGUGGAUGGUGGGCAGUGCUUGCAACCACAGUAGGCCUUCAAAGCAAGGAAUGGACAUGGUUCAUUUCAACCCACAAAGAGCCACGCACCCCUGUUGCUCUCACAGUGAUCAGCCCACAGACUGUUUGCAAGCACACAACUAUCCUCGCCAUACUAUCCAGGAUAAGGGCCCAGGGCAGGAUGAAUAUAAAGUGCCACUGCAGUUCAAAAGUCAUGAUCUAAUUCACACAGUCAUCAAACAAGAACCCUCACCUUCUCCUCCUUGGUCUUGUGAUAAUCUGCAUAACAUACAGGCAGGCUUGCAAAAAAAUAUGCCCAGUUGUUUGAUCAAUUCGUUGAGUCAUAAGAUUACACAAAAUGCAUACUUGUAAUUUUUUAAACAGAAGAAAUCAUUGUGCAUAUUUUAAAAGUGCUUGGUUUAAAGAUUGUGGUCCUAAAGUCAGAUCUGUCAUUCCAUUGUUUAUUUUUCAAAUUUGUCAAAGAAUUUUAUUAUAAAUAUUGCUUAAGAUAAUAUUGCAUGUGAAAGUUCAGUCUUAGAACACAGGAAUCAUUGUAAAGUUCAGCUUUUUUAAGUUUGGGUUUGUUUAAGAAAGAUGCAGUCAAAAUAACGAGAACUCGCCUUAAAUUGAAAUCAAUCACAGAAAUAUUAUCAGACAGAAUUUGACGUUGAGCCACAUAUUACAGCAGCAUGACCAAUGCUUGAAAAGUGUCUUAAAAAAGGAGAGUGGGGCAGAAAAAAAACAGGUAAUUCAAGAGGUUUGGACCAAACUUCUGAAGAUACAGCCACUAGUGAAAAUACAAUGGAAUCCAGUCAGGUUAAAAAAUACUUCAGUUCCAGCUCUUAUCCUUGAGACAGAAAAUCAGUGCUCUGCUGAUAAUAUCUUGUCCCAAAAUCCAUACAUCAAGGUUUAUGUCCAUCAGUGUUAGAUUUUUACAAUCUUAACUGAUUUAGUUUAAUUAUGAGCAUGGAUUUCCAGCAUAUGAUAACAAAAUUGCAGUCAGAAUAGAAUAGCUGGACUUCACUCCAGAAUGACAAAACUGUAAUUAUCUCGGUAUUGCUCCACAAAUCCAGCACCAAUCAGGAAUUGCACUGAAAGCCUACUUGUCUCUAUUUAGCGUUUAGUUGUUACAAUGUAAAAAUGGCUCAGUGUACACGACCCGCAGAAAGCUUUCCAUUCUAUCAAAUUGAACAAAAGAGAUUAGUUAUCUCGCCUGGGGAUAAUUUCCUCCAUUAAAAGUUACUAACCAUAUACAAGUUCUUGCUAAAAUCAGUGCAUUGGACGACAGAGUUUGGGGGUGAGUUGCAGCAGUCUAUUGGAUUUCUGAAGGCAAAAGAUUGGGGCUGAGAGCGAAAAUGGAUCAGCCAUAGUGAAAUGGCAAGGAAGACUUGAUGGGCCAAAUGGCCUAUUUCUGCUCCUGUAUCUUACGGCCUUAUGGAUUACAUCGAGCUGGUGUGCAGGAUCACAGUGUCCAUCUAUACAUUAAUGUUAUUACUGGAGUGGUAAUUCAAAUGCACAAGUUCAAAUUACCAGAAAUAGUGAUCAUGAAAUGAUCAAGUUAUCAUAAAAUCUCAUCUGGUUCUCUAACGAACUUAAGGGCAAACUCCUACUGAACUUCCCUGUUCUGGUCCAUGUGUUACUCUUAAUCCUGCUCUGAGAGUGGCUUUGUUUAGCACACAGGAUGAUCCAAAAUUGGCAUCCAAUGCCAUCCAAAUGCCACGUGUUCCUGCAACGUCACUCUUUUUCUAUGUAGAAUUUCAGCAACAAUUUGCAUUUAAAUAGCACUUUAAAUUCCCCGGUAAGACAAGUAAAAUUUAUCAUGAGGAAGUAAUCCUUUCCAAUUAUUUGACUUCAGCAUAAAAUAGAAGGACCAUAUUCUAUCAAUUGAUUAAUAUCUUAAUGCAAUUUUCAUAUAUAUAUAUACCACACAGAUAUGAAUGUCAGUAUUAUUUUUAACAAUAAAUAUUGAGGCAAUAAUGAAGUUAGGGUUUUGUUUUUAAGUAAUAUUUUGUCCAUUGAAAUGCAGCAAGAUUGAUUACAUUUCAUAAAAAGUAAAAGGGUACACUUUUUAUUCAUUAUGGAGAUCUCACUGUGGUAUUUCAAUCCAACUUCCUCACAAAGAUUAAUCUAGGCCCUGGUUUUACAUAAUAAUUGUAAAACUUAUUGGUGCUUGUUUCAGUUAUACCUUGAAAUUAAUAUGACAGGUUUCCACACAUGUGUAACUUAACGUGGGAAUCCUGAAGCAGACAUCCAUAAUUCAGCCUUUAUUCACUGGCUGGAGCUUUGAGCAGCUUUGGAAUGGAAUCCAAAGGAAAUAGAUUGAAUUGGUAAGAAAUUCAGAUUCUUAUAAACUAGUUUCAGUAAGAAUACUAAGGCUUAUGUAACAGGGAAGAGGUUGACAAUCAGCCAUGCUUUUAUAGAAUGAAGAUACAGAUUUAAUAUCUGACUCUAGCUUCUAUCGCUAACAUUCUUAUAUUAUUAAAUAUUACACUUUUUUGCAUGAUACCUAAAUGAGUGUUUAAAUAGCAUUCUAAACAAUAUUUACUACUCACUGAGUUUUUUGGCCAAAACACAAAACACAUUUUAUGGAUGUGGAUUGUAAUUUCCUCAGGGAAAAAAAAUAUCAAAAUAUAGUGACAUUUGGUUAAAUUAGUUUUGACUAUUUAAUUUAUUAUAUUUUAGCUUUUACUUUAACAUAAGUGUAUAUUUUAAUCUUUAUUUUGCACACUGCUGAAUGUUUAAAAUAUUAGCUUAAAAUAGGUUCUUUUCUACCUAGUUAGGUGUUUCUGAGAAUUCAGUUUGACUUUCUGUCUGAUAGGAACAAAAGUUUGUUGAGAGUACUUCCAUGCCUUUGAGAUCAUUAAAUAUAUACAGAGGUCAUUACAUUACUUCUUUGCUAACUGCGGAAUUUGGGCCAUAAUUUUCCUCAUUUAUUUUCAGUACCUUCCCAUUGUUUCCUGGACAUUGACUUUUGCAUAAAUUUUCCAUCACAAUGCAAAAUGAAUUCACUUUUCUAACAUCAACUACAUCUAGUAUUAAAAUAAAAUGUUGAGGAUAAUCUUUGAUUCAAUGUUUACUCACUGCUGAAGUUUGCUAUCAAUGUUGCUGCUCAUUUCUCAUAACUAAGUGCAAACGCAGCAAUAAUGUAUAGAAAGCACUUAUUUAUUUACAACAUCAUUUAGGUUCUACAGAUAUGUAUUAUCCUUAAUACUAUGUUUUUGUUUGCUUUCUAUAGAAACAAAAAGUGAUGUUGGGUUGAUUUGAUUGAAAUGAGCAAGUACAGGCUGCUUCAAAUAUGCGCCUGAAGGGAAACUUCAUAAAAAUACUUACUGCUGCGGGAUAGAGAUGUUUGGCAGUUCAUCGGCUAUGAUUGAGCUUCUAUUCCAUGCCAGUUCCCUUCUUCUCUUUUAUAGAGUGCAGUAUUUUUGCACUAAAAUGUACCAGUUGCUAUUACUUUAGAGAUUAUUGCAGUGGAUGUAUAAGAUCCUUUGCAAAUUUUCAAUCAUGUUUUACGCUCAGCUACUGUUUGAAGUAGAGUUCUAUAUACUAAGCUGAGAUGAAGGUUAGUUUCCAGGUUUAUCAGGGACAAUAAAAGGAAGUUAUAUCAUGCAUGCCUUCUGCUGUUAUGAUAUUUUGAUUAUGGAUUUUUAUAUCUAUAUCAUUUAAUGGAAGUUGUGUUAAAUCAAGGCCUUCUCUGUGCACUGAGAUGAAGACUGUUAAAUAGUUGCACAGAAUAUCAGAGAACUUUGUCCCUUAAGCUCAUUGAAGGAACAGCUGAUCUCAUUAUUUUCACAUUGUAGGCUGCGAAAGCUUGCCAUGCUGAGAUUACUACACAUCUUAUGGUAGAACAGUGACAACAGGUCACAAAUAAAUCUUCAAACUUCCUAAGACAAUGAAAAAGAACUGAAAGUUUGUUUCAGCUUUUAUCAAUGUAAGCUUAUGAUGUUCUAUAUUGUCCCAAUCUUUGUGACUCUUCAAUUCCACUUAUAAAUGUGGAUUUAUAGAAUUUAUUGAGAGUAUAAGAUAACCCAUGCAAAUAAAAUACUUUUAAUUUUGAGUUUUAAAGAUAUAUGCAACUGUUAUUUUACAGAUGUUCAUGGAAAUUAUUGUCCACUGAAAAUAUUUUGGAGCAUCUGUGUAAAAGAGUUUACAAUAUUAAUCUCAUUAUCUCGUUACUUGGAAUUAAGAAAAGAAUAUUUGCCUUAAUUUUUUUACUGAUAAUGUGGAUUUACCAAGAAAAACAUAUGGAACAUUUCAGUUUUUUAAUAAUCAAAUAUACUCUAGAGUGAAGGAUUGUUAUGUUUUUGCCAUAUUGGAGUAAUUAAUUAUUACUUUAUAGCUACAAAACAUUGAAAAUUGUAUUAUAA